UUUGUUUCAGGUGCCUGAAAGCAGCCUACGUCAUGCAAAUGGCGGACGUUGUAAACAGAGACAGCAGCUCGUCCUAGCCAAAGUGAAACAUCACUUUUUAGGAUGAAUAACGUGGAGUGUGAGAGGCUGGAUAGUCUAGAGGGCUGGGUAGCUGUGAAAAGUAACAUAUUUGAAGAAAGUGAGACAUUUAAACUCGGUUUUAUCGUUCAGUGGAAUGUCAUCGAGUGUAAGUUCGCUGUCACCUGCCACAAUAGGACGUUACAGAGGCAGAAACGGAAGGCUGAAGUCAGUGCUGGAGACCCUCAGAUGAGCUGGGCUGGUCUCUUCUCAGUCCACGACCUCAAACACAUCCAUCAACAGUUCACAUGCGUGGCAGACACCGUGCUAGCCUACUUCCCAGAUCUAUCCGAGUUCGAAGAGGGUAAUAUUUGGGACUUGCUCUUCCUGACUCGGAAGUCGGGUCCUGAAGACGACGAUGAGAGGGACUUUGACACACCGUGCAGGAGACUCGAGAAAUACUUCAGCACUGCAAUCGACAUCUGCGGGAGAACUAUUGUACUGGAAACAUUAUUCCCUCAGGAUGAAAGGGACGUGGAGGAGUACUUUGAGAAUCUGCAGGAGUUCAAAAGAAAGACAAUGCAGGAGGAGAUGGCGAGGGCCAAGGGUUAUCUGCGACAGCUGCUGCAGACUCAUGGCAGUACAGAUGGGAUGGUUGCGCUCCUCAACAUAUAUGAGGACGAAGAUGAGGCCUACCAGGACCUGGUCACUGUGGCCACCACCUUCUUCCAGUAUCUGCUGCAGCCUUUCAGGGACAUGAGAGAGCUGGCCUGCCUCUGCAAGAUGGAGAUCCUGAAGUCUUUGGAGUUUGAGGACUUGGGUCCUAAGAGGAUUGCAGCUCUGGAGAAGGAGGCGGAGGAGUGGAAAAUGAAAGCACAAGAUGCUGUCGCCUCAAUUCAGGACAUCACUGUCACCUACUUUGCACAGACUUCAAAGGCUUUGGCUGGUACGUUAAAGCAGAUGGAGGAGGAUAAGUGUCGUUUUGGAGCGGCAGCCUGGGCGUCUGCAGCUCCAAGAAUGGAGAAACUACGCUUCCUGUUGGCAAAAGAAACCCUGCAGCACAUGAGAACCACAGAGAUGUGCCUCAGUCGCAAGAAAGACAGCAUCAGAGAAAGGAUGGGCAGCCUGUCUGGCAAACUCAGGAGUGACAAAAAUUCUGGCUCUGUGUCUGAGGACGGCCACCAGCAGGACACAGUGGACCAGCUGGAGCUGCAUUUCUAUGAAACCCAGCUAGAACUGUACGACACCAAAUUUGUGAUCCUGAAGCACGAGGAGCAGCUGCUGGUGGCUCAGAUGGAUGCUCUGCGGCGGCAGAUCAAAGAAAUGAAGGAUGAAGUGGUGUACUAUGAUGUGUGUGAGGAUCCUGAGGAGCUGCAGAGCAUGCUCCACACGAGUAUUCACCACAAAGACCCUCCUGCUGUCAAUCAGCUCAGAAGACAACUGCAAAACCUGGAAACCAAGAGAGGCAACAUCUGUGCCCGGCGAGCUUACCUCCGCAACAAAAAGGAUCAGUGCAUGGAAGUCCACGAGCAGAAGCAGCUGUCAGCCAAGCAGAGCUUCACACUGUACAACCAGCAUCAUCAAGUCCAACUAAAGCGAGAGAAGAAGAAAGAGGAGGAGCAGAGGAGGAAACAGUGGGUGGACCAGGAGCGAGAGAAGACUCUGAGCAGAUUACGAUCCUUCAGAGAGAAGCGACAGGGCCAGUUCAUCCUGAAGACUCCUCAGUCCAGGAUGUCUCCUCCAGACGUCUCAUGUCCCUCCCAGCCGCUGUCAAUCAUCAGCAUCGGCCCCUCUGAGGGACCCUCGUCCAUCCGUCCUGCACCCAGGCGCAAUAAAACACCCAAAAAACAGCAGCCUAGAGACAUCCCUGUCCAAAUCUUCUCUGCACCAUCACCUCCCACGACAACCUAUCCUACUGCACAUCCACCUCCACCUCCACCACCACCACCACCGCCGCCUCCUCCACCACUGCCGCCUGCAAUGCUUCCUCCCCCUCUCUGUCCUCCUGCCCGAGCCUCACCUUGCACUGAGGACGCCCCUAUGCCUCUCAGUGAAAAAGAGGACCCCCCUUUCCCAGCCAAGAACACCCUCAAACAAAACAUAGGAACUAUGGAUGAAGUGUUGGCUUCACUGCAGCGGGGACAGAUCCAGCUUCGUAAGGUCCCCACUCCCAGGAUGGCACCCCUUCCUGAGGACAUGAGGGGCUCUUUGAUGACUGCCAUCCGACAGGGAGUCACAUUGAAGAAGAUGGUUCCUGCACGUGCAGAAGUUUCCAACAGCAGAGACACUGAGCUGGAGCGCAGCAUCAAAGCCGCCAUGAUGAGGAUGAAGAAGGUGGCAGCCGACUCUGAUGAGGAGGACAGAGGAGACGAUGAGACACAGAGUACAGACUGGGACAGCUGAAAGCAAACACACACACACACACACACACGCACACGCACACGCACACGCACACACACACACACACACACACACACACCGAUGAAGCUGUUCCCUUGGAUUACCCCUGCUGCGUUUCCUUCACCGUUCUGAGCUGCAGCUUAUAUCACUGCCAAAUUUCGCCAAAAAGCUUCUUCUUCAGUCAGAUGAUUGGAUUACAGCUCCUUUUAUUGCAACAUUAGAGUUUGUUUAAGCAGUUUGAUGAUCAUCUUAUUUGUCUUUUUUGUUUUGGAAACAGCCCUUAGAUGUUGUAAUACAUCCAAAACUACUCAAAUGAGAACCAGGAUUUAUUUUCCUCUGAAGCAUUUGGUUUGCAGAAAAUCCAAAAUGAGCAAAUGAGGCGUUGUGCUUCAGCACUCAUUAAGAAGAGAAUGCGAGCAGUGCUUUAGUACAAAAUGUGUAAAUGAAUUUCUCUCAACUCUGCAUCUGAAGGCCUUUAGUGAGCCUGUCACACAGCAGGGGAAGCCUGAGCUGCAGGCAGAGACGACAACAAUACACGACUCCACUGUCACUAACACUCAUUUUACCGCAGUGCUGAGUCCAAACUCAGCAGACUUCUAUUAUUCAGAAUGUAGUACACUCUCAGCAAAUGUAUUUGUAACCUGAUUUUUCCUAAUAAGGGCUUUUGUAGUUUUUUCAUUUUAUUGCAUAAGAAAGGAACAUUUAUGUCCUGAGGUGCAGCACGUUAAUUAUUUACAGCCUACAUAUUUGAGUUUCAGGCUGUGCUCUGUCCUGUCCCUGUGUUUACUUUAGAGGCGGAAAUGUGGGAAUGUGUUAGGCUUAAUUUAGACGCAAUAUUAUGUAUGAUCUGUUAUUUUAUCAUUUGGUCAUGAUGCCAUCUCAAAUCAAGUGACAAAUAAGGAAUGUUAGAUUAUUCUCAAUAACCUAUACCUUCUUUUGAAUACACAAUUUAUCUUAAUUUACACAGACUGCUCUCUAAUCAGCCUGAAGAUGUGCACUUAUUUUCUGUGAACCUGUGACACAAUGCACUUAACGUCCAAAACGAAGAGGCAAGGAUGUAUUAUGUACAAAAUGAAAUACUGUAUGACAAACAACAUGUAACGAUUUGCAGGAAACAUACACACAUUAAUCCCUGCAAUUUUUUAUAGGGUUUGAAUCUGCAAAGAAACUUAACCCAGUGUGCUAGAGAUGAGUAGGUGAUGUCUGAGGCUCAAACACACUGAAAUGAGCUGCUGUGUUUUUCAAAAUAAAAGACACACAUUGAUCAAAAUUA